AUGAGUGAUCCUCAGCCUUUGGAGCAGGCGGCUUAUGAUAUGUCAGGUGCCCGCCUGGCCCUGACUCUGUGUGUCACCAAAGCCCGGGAAGGUUGUGAGGCUGACCUGGAUGCCCUGGAACGGAUGUUCCAGCAGCUGGGAUUUGAGAGUACCAUAAAGAGAGAUCCCACUGCCCAGCAAUUCCAAGAGGAGCUGGACAAAUUUCAGCAGGACAUGGAUGCCCGGACUGAUCCCGUCAGCUGCGGCUUUGUGGUGCUCAUGGCGCAUGGGUUAGAAGGCGUCCUCAAGGGGGAGGAUGGCCAGAUGAUCAAACUGAAUGACCUCUUUGAGGUCCUGAACAACAAGAACUGCCAGGCCCUGAGAGCCAAACCCAAAGUGUACAUCGUGCAGGCCUGCCGAGGAGAACAAAGGGAUGCUGGAGAAGCAGUAGAUGGAGGAAUCAAGAUGAUUGUAGAAGAUGGCCACCAAACCAUCCCAACCUACACAGAUGCCCUGCAUGUCUACUCCACUGUAGAGGGGUACAUUUCCUAUAGACAUGACAAGAACGGCUCCUUCUUCAUCCAGACCCUGGUGGAUGUGUUUACUAAGAGAAGAGGACCCAUCUUGGAGCUUCUGACAGAGGUGACCAGGCGAAUGGCAGAGGGAGAGCUGAUUCAAGAAGGGAAAGCGAGGAAAGUGAAUCCUGAAAUCCUAAGCACCCUUCGGAAACGGCUCUACCUGCAGAAGUAG